AUGGCGGCCAAGACGGUCGACAAGAUGACUGUUGACAUGAUGUGUGUGAGCGGCGAAGAUUCGCUGCGGCGAGGACAAAGUCUGCACUGCGCUGUGCCAGUGCGCGUGUUGCCUUGCGUGAGCGGUGGGGAUGCCCUGCGGCGAGGACACAGUCUGCGCCGCGCUGUGCCAGUGCGCGUGUUGCAUUGCGUGAGCGGUGGGGAUGCCCUGCGGCGAGGACACAGUCUGCGCUGCGCUGUGCCAGUGCGCGUGUUGCAGUGCGUGAGCGGUGGAGAUGCCCUGCGGCGAGGACACAGUCUGCGCUGCGCUGUGCCAGUGCGCGUGUUGCAGUGCGUGAGCGGCGGAGAUGCCCUGCGGCGAGGACACAGUCUGCGCUGCGCUGUGUCAGUGCGCGUGUUGCAUUGCGUGAGCAUUGGGGAUGCCCUGCGGCGAGGACACAGUCUGCGCUGCGCUGUGCCAGUGCGCGUGUUGCAGUGCGUGAGCGGUGGGGAUGCCCUGCGGCGAGGACACAGUCUGCGCUGCGCUGUGCCAGUGCGCGUGUUGCAGUGCGUGAGCGGUGGGGAUGCCCUGCGGCGAGAACACAGUCUGCGCUGCGCUGUGCCAGUGCGCGUGUUGCAGUGCGUGAGCGGUGGGGAUGCCCUGCGGCGAGGACACAGUCUGCGCUGCGCUGUGCCAGUGCGCGUGUUGCAGUGCGUGAGCGGUGGGGAUGCCCUGCGGCGAGGACACAGUCUGCGCUGCGCUGUGCCAGUGCGCGUGUUGCAGUGCGUGAGCGGUGGGGAUGCCCUGCGGCGAGGACACAGUCUGCGCUGCGCUGUGCCAGUGCGCGUGUUGCAGUGCGUGAGCGGUGGGGAUGCCCUGCGGCGAGGACACAGUCUGCGCUGCGCUGUGCCAGUGCGCGUUUUGCAGUGCGUGAGCGGUGGGGAUGCCCCGCGGCGAGGACACAGUCUGCGCUGCGCUGUACCAGUGCGCGUGUUGCAGUGCGUGAGCGGUGGGGAUGCCCUGCGGCGAGGACACAGUCUGAGCUGCGCUGUGCCAGUGCGCGUGUUGCAGUGCGUGAGCGGUGGGGAUGCCCUGCGGCGAGGACACAGUCUGCGCUGCGCUGUGCCAGUGCGCGUGUUGCAGUGCGUGAGCGGUGGGGAUGCCCUGCGGCGAGGACACAGUCUGCGCUGCGCUGUGCCAGUGCGCGUGUUGCAGUGCGUGAGCGGUGGGGAUGCCCUGCGGCGAGGACACAGUCUGCGCUGCGCUGUGCCAGUGCGCGUGUUGCAGUGCGUGAGCGGUGGGGAUGCCCUGCGGCGAGGACACAGUCUGCGCUGCACUGUGCCAGUGUGCGUGUUGCAGUGCGUGAGCGGCGGAGAUGCCCUGCGGCGAGGACACAGUCUGCGCUGCGCUGUGCCAGUGCGCGUGUGGCAUUGCGUGAGCGGUGGGGAUGCCCUGCGGCGAGGACACAGUCUGCGCUGCGCUGUGCCAGUGCGCGUGUUGCAGUGCGUGAGCGGCGGAGAUGCCCUGCGGCGAGGACACAGUCUGCGAUGCGCUGUGUCAGUGUGCGUGUUGCAUUGCGUGAGCGGUGAGGAUGCCCUGCGGCGAGGACACAGUCUGCGCUGCGCUGUGCCAGUGCGCGUGUUGCAGUGCGUGAGCGGUGGGGAUGCCCUGCGGCGAGGACACAGUCUGCGCUGCGCUGUGCCAGUGCGCGUGUUGCAGUGCGUGAGCGGUGGGCAUGCCCUGCGGCGAGGACACAGUCUGCGCUGCGCUGUGCCAGUGCGCGUGUUGCAGUGCGUGAGCGGUGGGGAUGCCCUGCGGCGAGGACACAGACUGCGCUGCGCUGUGCCAGUGCGCGUGUUGCAGUGCGUGAGCGGUGGAGAUGCCCUGCGGUAAGGACACAGUCUGCGCUGCGCUGUGCCAGUGCGCGUGUUGCAGUGCGUGAGCGGUGGGGAUGCCCUGCGGCGAGGACACAGUCUGCGCUGCGCUGUGCCAGUGCGCGUGUUGCAGUGCGUGAGCGGCGGAGAUUCCCUGCGGCGAGGACACAGUCUGCGCUGCGCUGUGCCAGUGUGCGUGUUGCAUUGCGUGAGCGGCGGGGAUGCCCUGCGGCGAGGACACAGUUUGCGCUGCGCUGUGCCAGUGUGCGUGUUGCAUUGCGUGAGCGGUGGGGAUGCCCAGUGGCGAGUACACAGUCUGCGUGCGCUGCACUGUGCCAGUGCGCGUGUUGCAGUGCGUGAGCGGUGGGGAUGCCCUGCGGCGAGGACACAGUCUGCGCUGCGCUGUGCCAGUGCGCGUGUUGCAGUGCGUGAGCGGUGGAGAUGCCCUGCGGUAAGGACACAGUCUGCGCUGCGCUGUGCCAGUGCGCGUGUUGCAGUGCGUGAGCGGUGGGGAUGCCCAGUGGCGAGGACACAGUCUACGUGCACUGCACUGUGCCAGUGUGCGUGUUGCAGUGCGUGAGCGGUGGGGAUGCCCUGCGGCGAGGACACAGUCUGCGCUGCGCUGUGCCAGUGCGCGUGUUGCAGUGCGUGAGCGGUGGAGAUGCCCUGCGGUAAGGACACAGUCUGCGCUGCGCUCUGCCAGUGCGCGUGUUGCAGUGCGUGAGCGGCGGAGAUGCCCUGCGGCGAGGACACAGUCUGCGCUGCGCUGUGCCAGUGCGCGUGUUGCAGUGCGUGAGCGGCGGAGAUGCCCUGCAGCGAGGACACAGUUUGCGCUGCGCUGUGCCAGUGCGCGUGUUGCAGUGCGUGAGCGGCGGAGAUUCCCUGCGGCGAGGACACAGUUUGCGCUGCGCUGUGCCAUUGCGCGUGUUGCAGUGCGUGAGCGACGGAGAAGCCCUGCGGCGAGGACAUAGUCUGCGCUGCGCUAUGCCAGUGCGCGUGUUGCAUUGCGUGAGCGGCGGAGAUGCCCUGCGGCGAGGACACAGUUUGCGUGCGCUGCACUGUGCCAGUGUGCGUGUUGCAGUGUGUGAGCGGCGGAGAUGCCCUGCGGCGAGGACACAGUCUGCGCUGCGCUGUGCCAGUGCGCGUGUUGCAUUGCGUGAGCGGUGGGGAUGCAUUGAUGCGAGGACACAGUCUGCGUGCGCUGCGCUGUGCCAGUGCGCGUGUUGCAGUGCGUGAGCGACGGAGAAGCCCUGCGGCGAGGACAUAGUCUGCGCUGCGCUAUGCCAGUGCGCGUGUUGCAUUGCGUGAGCGGCGGAGAUGCCCUGCGGCGAGGACACAGUUUGCGUGCGCUGCACUGUGCCAGUGUGCGUGUUGCAUUGCGUGAGCGGUGGAGAUGCCCUGCGGCGAGGACACAGUCUGCGCUGCGCUGUGCCAGUGCGCGUGUUGCAUUGCGUGAGCGGUGGGGAUGCCGUGCGGCGAGGACACAGUCUGCGCUGCGCUUUACCAGUGCGCGUGUUGCAUUGCGUGAGCGGCGGAGAUGCCCUGCGGCGAGGACACAGUCUGCGUGCGCUGCACUGUGCCAGUGUGCGUGUUGCAGUGUGUGAGCGGCGGAGAUGCUCUGCGGCGAGGACACAGUCUGCGUGGCGCUGUACUAGUGCGCGUGUUGCAUUGCGUGAGCGGUGGGGAUGCCCUGCGACGAGGACACAGUCUGCGCUGCGCUGUGCCAGUACGCGUGUUGCAUUGCGUGAGCGGUGGGGAAGCCCUGCGGCGAGGACACAGUCUGCGCUGCACUGUGCCAGUGUGCGUGUUGCAUUGCGUGAGCGGUGGAGAUGCCCUGCGGCGAGGACACCACGUGCCCCCUGCCCAGUGCCGGCCCGACAGCCGGAAUGUGGAGGUCAUCAUCCGUCUGCACUCCGGACCGGUUUCCCUGCCUCCCGGGCCUGUGCAUGCAGUUCUCCCUGCAGGUGGCUGCGAACGCGAUCCUGACCAGACAGGCUGCUUGGCACCAUGGCGACCCGCUGCUUCGCGUGGGAGCCGGCCGUUCGUCGGGCCUCUGCCGUCCUCGCUCUGCGCGUGACGUCCAUGGCGCUCCGCUGACCCUCGACCAUCGCACCAUUAUCUGCCGUCUGCCGCCGCUCUCUCCAGGCCCAGCGAGUCACGACCACCUCGCGGGCCGUCGCAACUGCGGAUCCUGUCACCGCUGCCUUUCGGCAGUACUUGCGCUGUUUCCGAAUUCAA